AUGUCCACUGUAUCCUCACAUCUCCACCGACGGCGUUUUCAACACAACCCGUAUGCUGUCCAACUCCUAGAUGUAUCCUCUGAAGAGGUCAGCAGUCAAAGCAACAGCAACAGCAAUAAUAAUAAUACUACUACUAAUAAUAACAGUGAGAAUGUAUACAGUCGAGCAGCAUUGGAUUUUCUCAACGCCGCCUCUUAUGUGGAAGAUACACUCUCUCUCUCUCAUACAAAACACUUUGAUGCGAUGGAUCUUAUUCACGAUCGAAUGACAAGUACGGAGUGUGAGGGCGGUAUUUCAGAUGUGGGCAGUAGUGAUGAAACCAGCCGCACCGCCUCUUCUUCACUUCCUCUUUUUACCCAUAUGAAUACAAUCAAUCAUCAUAAUAUGAAUAACAAUAAUAAUAAUAAUAAUAAUAAUAAUAAU